CUCUGGGCAGCUGGACCUGUUCAUGAGCUAUUGAUGUAGAUAUCUCUUUCAGGAGCUCAAGAGAGAAAGCAAAACCGGGGCCUCUCUCGUGGCCUGUUCGGGCUGCACAUCUGUGUGUGUCCGCCAUGCCCUUUGCUUUCAUCCUUUCCCUGCUGGUUCUCAUCUGCCUGUUCCUUCUGCUGCUUCCCUACUUCAUCCCGACCUUCCUGAGCGCCGCGCUCGCCCGGCUGCCUUUCAUCGACAAGGCUCAAAUUAAAGGGGCGGGGUUCUGGGCCUUCGCGGACAUUGUCAUCUCGCUGAGGCUGCCCACUCUGACAAAUUCGCAUCUCGUUAUCGCCGUGCAAUCGAUUCGAGUCCGCGUGCUGAGGGAUUCAUGGCGGCUGAAUAUCGCUAUCGGGUCGGCGGAGGUAGUCUGCCGGUUCACGUCACCCUUGCUGCUCGUUGCCAAGACGGCUGAGGUGGCAGCCGACGGCAAGCCAGCCAAGAAGAUCGGGGCCUCGUCGAUGGUGCUGUCUUGGCUGGCAUCUCUGUUCUCAUCCGUGGCUGUCGUCAUCGGCCUGCACACCCUCUGCCGCUGGGUGGCAUGCUGCAUCGAAGAGGCCUGCGUCCGCUUCGAGCUCGACUGUCCGCCGCCAGCCGCACAGCCGUCCCUGCCCCUGGAUGCCGCCCUGCAGGACGUCCAGAUGACCUCCCUCGAUCAGCGGCUGCAUCCGCGCAUCCAUGUAGAGUCCCUUGAAGUCGCGCCUGCAGCCAAGGGCCACCGUCUGUACGCCGCUGUGUCGAUGGCGACGCUGGAGGUGUGGGUGGACUUUGCCGGCGACUCGGUCAAGAGGGUGGCGCACGCACCCAAGUCGGCCUUGCACGCUGCGGGGAAGCGGCCGGUCGCCCGGUUCCCUUCGUCGAUUCGUGGGGUGGCCAAGGGCAGGUGUGGCUUGUGGUGGCGGCAGGGGCGGGGUUGGCGGCCGCUGGAUUUGGUCUUCGACGAGAUGGAGGUGCUGUCACACACGCUGCAGGUCACCGUGGUGGCCAACGAGAUGUGCGAGAUUUUCGAGAUUGCAUGGCGGCUGCUGCGGGAGAGCGUCGUCGCCAGGCAGAGCGACCUCAUCCAACGGGCCAGGAAGCAGCAGCAACUCAACAACGAGAUGAAAGAUGCGGCUGCCAAGAAGGAGAACGCCUCGUUCCUCGCCCCCCGUGCCAGCCGCGCCUCUGCUUUCGCGUUCGCCUACAAGGGUUCCUCUCUCGUCACGGAGGCAGGCCCCUGCCUCCCCCCAUCAGCCGCCGAGGCGUCCACCCCCCCACAGCCCCCAACCCCGCCCACAUGGGCCUUCCUGCCGCUGCGCGUGACGCUUCUCAAAGUGGAGGGCCACUUCUUCGAGGCCUCCCACCCCUCGUGCCUGGCCAUCGAUGUCGAUAACGUCACGGGCACAUUCCGCUUCGACGUCAUGGCCGGCACCGGCGCCGUCGAGCUGAAGAUAGAGGGAGAGACGGCCAAUGCCGUGUCGGAGAGCAGGAGCGAGGAAACCGAGGAGAAGGUGCGCAAGCCGAUCGCCACGAUGCCUGGUUUGGAGUUCAGCGGUCGCAUCGAAAAGCACCCGGAGCAGCAUCAGCACCUGCAGCUGAUCAUCCCGCGGGCAGGGGGCGUGUGGAUGGGCGACGGGCUGAUGUACUGGAUCUUCGUGCUGGUGCAGAUCGAAAAGACGUGGAAGGUCAACAAGCAGCGGCGGCUGCAACUCGAGGCCCUACUGGUCAAAGCCAAGAAGGAGCAACACUCUGUGGGCGAAGAGAGGGAGGGAGCCGGAGCGGGUGGCGGCAAACAGGCUGGAAAGCCGACCAUUCCACUCACCGCAGCCGCCAAAGACGGUCAGAGACCAGAUAUCCAUCCAUGCAUGGGUCAGGGACGCAUCCAUGCCUCUGUGUUUGUGCGUCUGUCUGUCUGCAGCCAGUGCUCGUCGCUCCUCCGAGCCUGAUGUGCCGCGCGCAGCGGCCCUCAUCCUAAAGAAGGCCUCAGAGAUCGCCAUGGGCACCCACCCGCAGCCUUCUCCCUCACUCCACAGCGAGGCCACCAUCCACAGCACCACCAAAGGCGAACGAGCCGGCAGAAGGACGUCGGGCGCCGUCAGCGAGCAUGAUGUUGCCUUCCAGGUUGACGAGGCCGACGUGACGAGCCGUGAGUCGUUCCGUCUGGAGGUGGGGGAGGUGGUGCUGCGGUCGAAGCUCCUCAACGACCGGCACGUCAUUCUCACCGGCGACCACUUCGUCAUGCACAUGUCCACCGCCGCGCAGGCGGUCACCAUCGCUGCCGCCCCCAUACGCGCCUUCGAGUGUGCCGCCGAGUCGCUCGAGCAGUUCCCACACACAUCCCCUGGGCUUUUGCUGCCGCCACCCCAAGCCACGGCCACAAGGAGACCCAAGUCACCUGACCGUUCUGGUGUCCGCAAGGGCGAUUGGCCGCAGACUGGGCGGACGGCUCCGAGGUUCUGGGAGUUCAUCAUGGCGACUGACGGGGCGUCGGUGCGGCUGCCGUCUCACGGCAAGAAUGUGUCCUUGAGGCUGGGUGAGGUGCGGGGGCAGUGGCGAUGGAUCGUGCUGCCGACCUACUGGUACAUCACUGAGGCGGCUUAUGUGGACUACUAUGGCAACGCGGAGUCGCGGCUGUUGUCAGUGUACCGCACACCGGCACCGCCCGAGCCACAAGUGAGCGUGGAGGUCUACAGUGUUGUGGUCAACUUCUCGCCGAAGCUUCAGGUGAGUCGAAGAACAGAUGCAGACAUUGUGACCACUAACGUGGCUGCUGUUCUGCGUCGGUCGUUUGUCAGAUUCACACGUCAGGAUUUGUGUUUUCUCUGAAGAGCGCGGCGUCCAUGACAAUCAGCUUCCUCGAGCCGGUCAUGUACCUCACCCCUCCCACCGACUGGGUCCUCCCACACCCGCCCGUGCUGCUCUCCAGCCGCAUCGCACUCACCAUCACCUCAUUGGGGCCGAGGAGGGCCAAGCGACGGCCGCCUGACGCACCCCCGCUGCCCCCUGCGCCAUCCGUGUCUUCGCUGAAAGAGGGAGAGAUUGGCAAGAAACUCACCGUGGAAAUACUCGACUUGGAGGUCAUCUGCACUGAGGUACGUAUACGUAUGCACGAGGGAGGGAAGGACUGCAAUCACAGGCGGGAGGAGUUUGGGGGGGUGGUGUGUUCAGGUGACGGAUGCGGUGUAUCUGCUUGAGAACGUGGAGCCCUUCAUGAGUCACCUUCUGCGGGACGCGCCCACACCGGAGCGGCUGGACCCCUUCCUAUACCCCAACGCCAAAACAGCCGACGAAAAGUGAGCAAAACAAGCGGACACAAUCGAUUAACACCCCCCGACGGCUAUCUCCACCCUCCCUUCGUUCAUCAGGCUGAGGGCGGCAGCGGCAUCAGCUGUGAGUGCCGUGGAGCUGCGCAUCGUCAACCUCUUCCUCGUGGCCAUGCGGUGCAUGCAAGACACCUCCGCCCUCCCCUCCCCCGCACCCAGCCCCAGGCGCCCCCAGUCACCCACAUCCCUCCUGCUUAGCCCCGAUUCGCCCACCCACGCCACGGCCAUGGUGACACAGCUCUCCAAGGACGACAGCUGGAUCGACGAGGGGCUGAGAGACCGACAUGGUGGUCUGGAUGAUCGGCCGUGCGAGUCGAGCGACUCCCUCAGGAGGAGGGUGCCCCUGCUGGGGCCGGGCACGCGGAAUCGGUGGAAUCACCAGGUGUCGAAUGCCCUGGUGUCGCGGAUACAGCGGCUGGCAUCCCAUCCAGAGGUCGAGGAGACGCUGAGCUACCGCCUCCGUGAUGAACAACACCAACACGACCGGCUCCCGCUGCCGAGACUCGACUCAGCACGGCGGCUGAUGUUCGCCCGCCAGCACUCAAGACGCGACCUGCCGACCUUUGACUUUGGGGGAUCGAACAGCGGGCGUCCGGUGGCCACGGGCAACCGCCUAUAUGACGUGUCUGAUCGCAGCCCUUCGUCCAUCUCGCAAACCAUCUCUCGACAAGUAUCGAGGCAGCCCUCGCAGCUGGAGGGAGGGGGGGCCGAUCGCAGGUCGUCGGGCGAGUCGUCCACGUUCGCAAAGGCGCUUACGCGUGACUUCGGUGAUGAGGAGGGGCUGAUUCCGAGGGCGGAGGAGAGCCCUCUGGCGACGCGACGGGCGUCAGACAGCGCGCAGAUGCUGCAGCGGAUGCUGACGCGCAUCCAGGAGCGGCCGGAGCACAUGCGGCGGCGAUCGUGCAUCAACUUCUGGUCGCGGAUCUACUCGCCCCUGGUGUGCCUGCACAUCGGCGGACUCGAGAGCACCAUCUCCCUCAAUCCACUCGACGAGCACCAGCUGCCCAUGCGGUUCACCGGCGCCCUCCAUGACAACGAGGUCCAGACCUACAGGUGCAAGACCGUCCUGGGUGACUGCAUCCAGGCUGACGAGAUGCUCGGUUUGCGGCUGGAGCACCUCACCUUCGAGGGCAAGUGCGGCGUCAAGACCUCUCGACGCGAGCAUCCGUCCGAGACCACCACCGACGGACCCGCUGCCUCUCCACAAGACGAAUUGAGGCGCCUGCAAGACCGAGUCGCCACGGCAGGUGCGUCGGCCUCGCCCACCCCCGGCCGCUUGGACUGCCACGUGACGGUCAACAGUGACGGCGAGGUGGGUCUGGGCAUCAGUAACUCGGUGGGUGAGGCCGUCACGUCACUCACCGAGCUGACCCAGUGGGUGGAGGACUUUGCCAUCCUGUCGCCCAACGCCAUGGCCGUCAUAGGGCGGGUCUACCAGGUGCUGCCCGCCCCGGAGGUGCGGGCGCCUCCCGCACCUCUCCCUGGCCGCGUGCGAUGCCGCGUCGAUUGUCAGCUACCGGGCGGCAUCCGCCUGAGUGCUGGGCUGAGAGGGAUGGAGGCUCUUGAGAUGCUCAUUCCGGCGUUGCAGCUGUUCGCUCUGCUGGACGCGUGUUUGCCGCCGCCGACGAGAGAGGACAGGACCCUCUCGCCGCACAGAGAGACCGGCGACCUGCCUUACGUGGCCAUACUGUCCACCCGUCUGGACAACGGCCUCGUGGUGCAGUACGCUAGAACGCAGCUGGCGUCCGUCGGCUCUUAUUCCGGCUACUCCUACCCCCUCGUCAGCAUCCCGGAGAUCGCCGGACGGGUGCGUCUCGACAACGUGCCUCGAGAAGACCACCAUGACGACUCAGGCAUCUUCCCCAGCCCCACCAACCUUUUCCUCGAGGUCUUCUUGCGCGGACUGCUGCGGGGCGACACGGUCACGAGCACCAGCCAGCCGCCCCGCCGGCUGGGGACGGCCGAGCCCUACCCCACACUCGAGCGGCGGCACUCUCAGAGACGCAGGAGCGAGACUCUGCAGCCCCCCAUCUUCGCCCUGGUGGAGCCGGCCCAGUGCCUGACCAUCAAUGUGUCCCCCGAGCACUUGCACCUCAUUCUGCAGCUCCUGGGCACUCCCCAGAUGGACCGAGCCAUACGGGCGUCGACCGGCAAGGCGCCUGAGGCGCACACGACGAGGGGCAUUGCCCGGCGGCACUCGUCGAUAUGGCUCACCAAGGCGACUGCGGGCGGAGAGGGGGGCGGCCGCGGUGCCAAAAAGGGGGAUGGCGCGCAGGAUGUGGGUGUGGUUGCGAGCAGGAGGGGCAGCGGCCUGGCGAAAUUCGUCCCGAGGUCGCGGCAGCUGUCCCGGAGCUACACGCCAGACGGAGGGACACGCCUUGACGUUCAUGUGCAGGUAGGUCAGUGAGCGGGGGCACAGGGGACGAAAUCCAGACAGACAAACAAACAGACCACACUCCAUGCCAUGUGUACUUGCCAUUCAUUGUCAGGCGGCUGAGUGUCACGUCAAGUUCGGCGCGGUGCGUUUCGCCUUCGGUGCCCUGGAGGUGCGGUCGACCUAUGGCCGCGAAUCCACCCGCCCCCACCGCACCGCCAGCGACCCGACGGCAGAGGCAGUAGGGGCAGAUGCGGGCGGGCAGGGCCGGCCGGAUGGCCUGGCCACGGCAGCCACGGACCACUGGGAGGUGGGCAGCUCGGUGUCGUCUGCCAGCCACCAGAGCGACGGGCCGCGGGGGAUCCAGCGAGAGUGGGGGGCCAAGGCACGGGGCAUCCCGGACGCGCUGUACCUGAGGCUACACGAGAUGCGCAUCGGAAUGGUUAGCUUGACACACAGACAGGAAAAACCAAUGUACGCGUGUGUCAUGUGUGGUGGGUAUGUUGGGUGUUUUGCUGGCUGUCAGGAGUACGUGCCGGCGAUGGGCAUGGCCCUCUCAGAUGCCACCUCUCCGCACUCCAUGAACAUCGGCCUCUCCCCCUACUCCAUCCCCACACCCACGCCCCCAUCCCUCCACUCGCCGCAAAACCCGCCCCUCCCGCCCCAAAGCAGCCAAACACUGCGCCCUCGCGGGCCACGGCGGCCCCCAGCAGCCCCGCCCCCCUCUAGGAACGCCACAGCGCUCCCAACGCUGGAUGAGAGGCCGGCAUUGGGGGAGCGGCUGUGUCCGCCGCAGAUGACGCUGCUGCUGCAUGGCGUGUUCAUGCCGUACCCCCCGCAGCGGCCCGCAGAUGACGUGCUGCCUUUCAUACGGGUGCCGCGGAUAUCGGCCAAAACCGAGGAUGGCGUGUCGGUCUUCUGCCGGUGAGUGAGUCAGGGGAAUGGAUGGAUGGAUGGAUGGAUGGACUGCAAGGCCGAUAUAUCUAUCUGCCGUUGCUGUUGAUUUUUCUUUUAGAGUGUCAUCUCCUCGUGGGCAUUUCUCUCCAGCGAUGCAGCGGUACCUCCUGCACACAAUGAAGGUCAUCGAGGUUACCUCAUCAACCGUGGCUGCAUACAUCGAAGGUCUCCAGGGCGGCCCCGCGCCCCCCGUCACCAUUCCGUCGGUAUCAUCGCAUCACGGCAAGCGCGGCGGCCGCAGCCCCACCAAGGACGUCUGCAAGCCGCCGCCCUUCCUCAAGGUCAAAUUCACGCUGCAGUGCAAAGACGCCCAGGUCAACCUCCACUUUGUCGAGGCCGUCGAGGGCGCCGCUGGGCCGCCUCCACUCGCCAGCCUGGCGCGCUCGACCAGCCCCCAUGUGACGCCCUUCCCUCCACCUGAUAAACAGGCGGCAGUAUACUCCGCCAGGAGCCACGCAGCAGCUGCAAAGGCCGCUGCCAGGGGGAGGGUUGGUGGUGCUGGUGGCGCUGGCGUGACAGUGAGGGGGGCGGGGUCAUCGCGGCUGAGCAACGACACGCUGUCGCUGGUGUGCGACGACCAGCUGGCGUCUGUGUUUGCCGACCACCUCAUGGGGAUCCCCCCGCCCCCUCUCUACCCCUCAUCCCCCGUCAUGCCCAAGGACUGGGAAUUGGCGCCGCUGCUGUGGAGAUACGAAGAGGUAGGUACCUUACCUGCGGUGUCCUGUCCGCGCGUCCCUCUUGACGAGGAAUCCCUCUGCCUGUCAUGGUGUUCUGUCAAUAGGUCGUCCAGGAGCUCGCCGGGAUAACUCCUGACGGCGGGGAUAUGGAGGCAGCAGAUGCUGGUGGUGACUUGGCGGCAACCUUCGCCUCACAGCAGUCGACAGCAACCGCCGCUCGAGGCCUGUUGUCGGUCCAGAGGGGCGCGGGUGGCGGUCCCGGGCUGGCGGGCACCUUCAUGCAGAAGGUGGCGCCGCCCCACCCCGGCCACAGGGGCCUGCAGAUGCUCAUGGUGACCACCGAGGCGAUCGUCAGCGCCGACCUGAGAUCCUCCCUCGAGCACAGAGGGUCGACCGACGACCUGGGCGGCGGUGGAGGGCAUCGGAGCAUGCCCGUCUCGCCUCACGGCAGCAAGUCCCAGAAACCAGACAAGGUGGCCUACAGCCACAUGCUCAAGGGCCGACCCUGCCCCCUGCUCGACGUCAAGGUCAUCCUGCAAGUCCAGCCGGCUUACGCCUUCGUCGGGCCGGUGGCCCCCACGGGCAUCCACUGGCACGAUUCCAAGGAAGACGUGGACGCCUUCUUCGUGUCGCAUAUCGCCGAGGACUCGACCGUCGAGGGCCGGGUGGUGGGGCGCGACAAGCUGACGGGCCUGGGGUCCAUCAUGCGCACGUCCGCUGUAUCGAUCGCCCUCGAGAGCCGGCUGCCAUCUCUGGACACGACCAUCCGCUCGCACGCCCGCAACGCUCUGCUCAUUGCCGACGCCGAGACGAUGGAGCUCUUCGCUCAGGUGGUGCAGAAGGUGCUGAUGAACCGAGAGGCUCACGGCGCCGACGCCUCUCCAGGUGGUGGUGGCGGAGGUGUGGGUGGCCACAGCCCCACCCCGCAGCCCGUCGGCAAAGGGCCACGGCCGGGGCCGCCACAGCCGUCCGCCACGGCAGCCACGAUCCUAUUGCAGGAGAGCGACGACGAUGAAGACGGUGCGGACGUGGAGCCCGCCAUGGGUCUGGGAGGGAUCCGUCAUGAGAGGGUGCGUCGCCGUCUGAUCGAAGUGCUGGAGCGGCAGCAGCUGUCGGUUGUGGGGGCCGCCAGCAGGAGCCCCUCGACGCAUUGGGCAAUUGCGGGGUCGGCACCCACAUCGCCCAGGCGGCUGUUUGAGGAGGGGCGGCAGGCGCAGCCUGACAAGAUACACCUCGAGUACAUUCUCGACCAGGUACCAGUGCCGCGUCGGUGGAUGGAUGGAUGGAUUGCGUGUCUGUGUGUGGUGCGUGUGCAGGUGUCUGUGUCAUUGAUACGUCAGUCGGGUAUCUUUUGCCGCGCGUCGAUGAGCGGCAUCAACGGCAUGAUGGAGUUCCUGCUCGACGUCAAGCGGUCCAGCACCUUCGAGCUAGACAUCGGGUCCAUCAACAUCGAAGACGUGCAGGAAGACGGAAACAGCUCCUUCGUAAGCACAACACCAACGGCCGCUGCCAGCCAUAGACACACAGACAGGCAGGCGGAAAGGCAUGCUGUGUGUGCAUAUGUGGAUCCGUCAGGCCCUGACGCCUUUGGCUGCCGAGGGUGUGGAUCUCGAGGGCCAGUCGCAGCUGCUCUCCAUCAGGGGGGCCGACAGAUUCGUCAAGCUAUUCGGCAAAUCGUGGCAGGUCAGACAGACAGGCCACCCACACACAACGAGAAAGAGACAUACAUCCAUCGACAGUGGGUGAGUUGCGCCCGUCUGUUUCUCUGUCUUUGUCUGUCUGCAGGUGUUUGAUUCGGUGCAGAUCCAGGCGGCCCCUCUGCGUGUGGACCUCACGCAGGACCUCGUCCGGGCCCUCUACGACUUCGUCUUCCCCCCAACCAAAUAUGGCGACGACAAGGACAAGGACGCCGCCCAACAACCCUCCCCACGGCCCGCUGAAAAGGACAAGAACGUGCCACCGCCCCCACAACGGUAAAUCAGUGAGACACGACACACAGCCCAGGGAUGAGCCUGUUCCACUUAUGUGUGUGUGUGUGUGUAUGUGUGUAUGUGUGUGUGUGUGUGUGCAGGGGCAGGAAGGAGGGGAGGCAUGGCGCGGCAGGUGUCCCUGCGGUGCCGGCCGUGCCGACGCUCCCGACGUACAUUUUCUUCAAGUACCUGCGGGUCUCGCCCAUCGUGGCGGAGAUCAACUUCAAGGGCACCGUAAACCUUAACGUAAGCGACCUCCCAACUUACUCAGCUGAACAGACAGCUGGGAUGGAUGUAAGGGUGUCCUGUUGGCUGAUGCAUGACAUGACAUCAGGACAUCGCGCUGGAGCUGACGGCGUUUGUGCAGCAGCGGAAGCUGAAGCCGUGGAAGGGCAUGUGCGACAAAUACAUGUGGCACCUCGCCAAACAGGUCGGCACAACCAACCCACCCGCCCCCCACAGCAGUGCACACAGACGCCCAUCCCUCUUUCUCUCUGCGUGUGUGUGUAGGGGGCGGGGAAGGUGGCGGUGCACAAGCUGAAGGACCUCUUGCCCAGGGGCCCUAAGGCCAACACAGAGCAGGUGCUCGCCGCCAGAGACGCCGACAAGAAACAGAUUCUCUUCGGCAAAAUGUGACAGACAGACAGACAGAUGGGGGCAGGGGAGGUACACUCGUUCUUUCAUAUCAACCAGUGGUUUGUUGAAUGAAGCCGAGCCGCGGAUGGACGGACGGACGGACGGAUGGACAGAGGUCAGGUCUGUCGGUGUUUCUUCGUGUGUCGAUUAUAGCAUGAUGAGGGCGGGUUUUUGGGUCAACGAAGGCAAAGGAAUGUGUGUGUCCUCCCCCUUUCCCUCCCCCGAUUUCUCCUCUUUCUCGGUCUGGUGUACAUUGGUCCGGGGCAUACAUCACAUGUGUCGCGUGUGUGUGUGAGUCGGCCUGUGUCGUGUGUGCACCAUGUGUGUGUGUGUGUGCCUGUGUGUGUGUAGCGUACAUAGCUGGUGAGAAUGAGACAGAUGGAUUGAUGGAUGUGACUCUCUCUCGGUUAUUUGUCAUCUCAUCCUUCUUCACCGAACCAUACUAAUGCUGGUUGACCGACAAGACGCGUAAACAAGGUUGUUCCC